AUGCCCUUUAACUGCAGUCGCGAUUGUGUAGGUAUUCGAUACCGCAUCAACUCGCUGCACCAAACCUGGAAGUGGCUGCACCAGACCAUCGCCCUGCACGAGUACCUGAUUUCGAUGAGCGCAGCUGACACGAAUAACAGCAGCCGAAAGUCGCACCAUCCACUGCAACAGGGCCUCAACAGCACCAGCAGCAUUACCGUGGCGUGUUGCUAA